AUGGAUCCCGUAUUGAUCCAUGCUCAAGUCCAAAUGUGGAGUGCAAAGGCAGGAAUGUCUAAGUCAAGAACUGCAUUCAUUGAAACAGUAGUAGGAAAACGGGAAGUUAAACUCCUUCUUUAUUUCAUCACUGGGAGGAUUAAAGCUUUGCAGCUAAAGAAUAAUAUUAAAAGUGUGGUCCUUAAAACCUAUGAUGAAGACCAGAAUUACUUACAUUUAACUUUUAAAAACAACGAUUUCUUGUUUGUUGAGAAACUAACCUCCACAGAUGCCAGACAGCUGAAGAGAUUCCUAGAUAGAGUCUAUGAAAGAAAUCUCCGUACGUCCAGGAGAAGUCGUGGAGAGAGAGCUGAUGGUCCUAGUACAAGCGCACACUCUUUACCACUGAAAGUUCGUUCAGAAGCCAGCAGUAAGUGCUUCGGAUUGGGGGAAGAAAGUGGAGCGCCAGGGCUUUGUGAAUCGCCUUUGUUUUCAUCCUCAUUAACCGCACUUGAUAAUGGAGGGUUAUUAGAAAAUCCGCUUGUAAAGAGGAAAAGAUCCUCGCCCGAUUCGGAAAAUAAUGGAAAAGAGAACUUCCUGGAGGAGAGUAAUAAUGAAAUUGAGGCAAAGUCAGUGGUGUCUGUACACGAUGAUAGAGGGAAAGGAAGGGAUUUAAGAGAGGCAGGACAGAGUCAACUAGGAUUAGGAUUUUCAUCUGAGACCGAUUAUCCUGAGGAGCCUGAUUUGGAUGUUUGUGAUCUUUAUGAUCUCAUUAAAAAAUUAUUUUCACCAUUUCUGUUAAGAUCGUACUGUCUGGAGAAAGGCAUGGAGUGGCACGAGCAUAUGAAGACACUCUUACUGUAUCCAGAGAAAGCAUGGCAAGGUCUGCCUAAUGUGGGAAACACCUGUUACAUAAACGUAGUAUUGCAGUCUCUGUGCUCAAUUCCAGUGUUUGUUAAUGAUUUGUUCAAUCAGGGUUUCCCAUGGAUCAAACCUCCAAGAGAUGAUUUUAACAUGCCCUUGAUGCAACUGCUUGUUUUGAAAGAUAUUUACAGCAUGAAAACAAGGGAGAAGUUACUUAUCAAGAUUACAAAAGCCCUCCCACAAUUUGGAGAGGUAUUCACUGCUGACAGGCAGAGCGAUGCUCAUGAGUUUUUAAGUCUCUGUUUAGUUCAGUUGAAGGAAACUGUACAAAAGUUAACCAUAUUGUGGCAAUCUGAGAAUGAAUCUGGGGGAAAUAAUUUACUUACACAGAUUUUUGCUGACCAUGCUAUUACCAACAAAAUACCUGUUUGUCCUGUUGCUAAUAAUUUUGAAUUUGAGUUGUUGAGAUCUAUUUUUUGUAAAGGUUGUGGCCUGGCUGUUCUCAGGAAAGAACCGAGUAGUUACCUCUCCAUCAACAUUCCUCAAGGAUUGAAAGGCCACAACUUGUCUAUCCAGUCCAGUUUUGAUCUUUUUUUUAAAGCAGAAGAACUUGACCAUAGAUGCGAGAGGUGUAUGCACAACAAAUCUAUUGCAUUGCACAAGUUUUCCCAACUACCCAGGGUUAUUAUUAUUCAUCUGAAGCGCUAUAGCUUUAAUGAGUCAUGGGUAAUGAAGAAGGAUGAACAGAACAUCAUUAUUUCCAAAUUUUUAAAGCUGUCCUGUCACUGCAACAAAAACACAAAACCACCUCAGCCUCUUCAUGAAAAUGAACUUGUUAAGGAUCUUGACUUACUAAAACCUCUUCAUGAGUUGGGUUCUGAAAUAUUCAAAUCGUCAUUUAAUUCAAUGAUGACCUCACAAUUCAAGGAUUUCCCAACUGCAAGCGUCAGAUCAACCAAGGAGUCGGAACCACAAAAUAUAAAAGACUCUGAAGUACUGAAUGGAGAAGUGCAGCAGGAAGGUCAGGGAAAGGGUGCCACAGCAAGUGUAAUUAGGUCAGAGUUGACAAAUGAGACAGAAAAACUCAAGAAUCCCGAGAAAGCACGUAAAUUUAGUAAGCUAGAUUCUGGUAGCAUCAGCAAGGAAAGACCCCCAAAGUACCAACAGGCCCAGAAAUGUUAUAAAGAGAGAAGUGAUAAACGGACCUCCCGGGAGGCAGUUACUCAAAGACGUAAACCAAGGUCCCUGGAACAGACAGAGAACCUCAGAAAACCUGCAGAGUCCCAGAAUGGCAGUCUGAAUUCACAGGGCUCACUAGGUUCCAGCAAGAAGCCAGGAAACAAAGAUGUUUUAGAUAAGAAGACAAAGCCUACAGGCAAGGUGGACCCACAAAAGGCUACUGGAAGUGAGGGAAAUGGUUACAGGCUCAUUAAUAUUAUCAGCCAUAUUGGGAGCAGUCUCCAUGGAGGCCACUAUAUCAAUGAUACCUUUGACUUCAGGAAGCGGGUUUGGUUUACUUACAGCGAUCCACAGGUGACAAGUACACAAGAGGACUUUGUGCUUAAGGCUAGGCUUUCCACUGGGUAUGUCUUCUUCUACAUGCAAAAUGAGAUCUUUGAAGAGCUUUUGGCAAAGGAAACUCAGUCUCGCAACACGUCACAGUAA